AUGGGGUUUCAUCUGUCAAGGCUCGUUGCCUUAGUGGCACUGCUACGUGCUUCAUACGCAUUCAGCGUCACGGCAAACACUGAUGGAAACGCUCUGGCCUCUGCUAUCUUUGGAAAUGGUAUAAGUGUCAUCUCGGCAUCGUUUACCGGCGCAUCGGACAGUUCUGGAACAUUCACUGAUGGCCCUUUCGGUAUGGGAGACGCAGCGGUCCUCACCUCGGGAGCUGCUGUUGGAGCUCUUCCAAAUGGAGACCACUACGUCAAUAAUGGUGCGGCUGGGUCAGCAACGUAUUGCGGCGGUUUAAGUAACAACGCUGCGAUAUUGACUGCGGAUGUCAUGCUUAUUCCAGGUUUCGGAGGAAUGAGAUUCGAGGUUGUCAUGGCUUCGGAAGAAUCAGGGGGCGCUGCUGAUGCAAUUGGCAUAUUCGUAAACAACCAGAACUAUGCCUUGGAUGGUAAUGGGAAUAGGCUGAACGCGGUGAGCCCGUGGCUGUCACAACCUUUGGUUAUCGUACCGCCCAACAGCGUUACCUCGUACGCCGGGUCGUCGCCGCCUUACUGGAUCGAUGUACCGUCACUUCCCGGUGGUAUGCAGACUGUGGUCGUCGCAAUUUGUGAUGCUGGAGACAACAUGUGGGACUCAGCCCUGAUGAUCAAAGCUGAAGCCUGCGUUGACUGCAACGAACCUUUCCGGCUUGCCUACGUGACAACCGCAACUACAUUGACAGCAGGCGGUACGCCCUACACCUCUACUAUCACUGCUUCGGGAACUUUGUCCGGAACCAUCGAAAUCGGGGUAACAGCAGAAGAAACCUCCACCAUUACCGAGGAGCCUACGACGACGAUAGCUGUAGACGAGACAACAACUACCUCUGAAGAGCCCCCUACGUCAACUACUCAGGAUGAAUCAACGACAACUUCUCAGGAGACAAAUAUUACUGCUGAGGAUACUAUUAUGGCAACAACUAGCAAGGAGACGGCCACUAUUACCACCCCUGAGGAGACGACUACCACAACUGCCAAGGAAACAACAUUCACUGCUUCAGACACUACCACAGACACUACCACAGACACUACCACAGACACUACCACAGACACUACCACAGACACCACAGACACUACCACAGACACUACCACAGACACUACCACAGACACUACCACAGACGUUAUGGAGACAUCGACCGAAGCCAGUAGCUCAGUCACUUCAGAAGAACUCCCAAACUCUACCAUGAUAACAGCAGAUACAACAAGUGUCGAACGAAGUGACACAGUUACAGAGUCUUCAACCAUCGUAGUCGAACCCACUACUGCCCCAACAUCUGAUACUGCCACUAAACCAGCUCCAAACUCUUCCAAUGAGAGCACUACCAGCCUCGAAACAACGAGUUUGUCCGACAGUCCCAUUGAUAGUACAACUACCUCUUGGGAAGAAGUUCAAGUGCCAUCAACUAUCCUAGCAGUCCCAACAUCUACCGAUGAGGUCACCCUGAGCUUGAGUAGUGACCUCUCAAGCGAGUCAGCAACAAGUAAGCUCUCACCGCAUAUAUCUAAAAAGCCCAUACCUCCUGCCACAGUCAUUGUAUUCACAGCUGCAAAGAGCCCAGUACUAACAGCGAAACUAGCCCCCAUACCAGAUAUGACCGCAACCGAGUCCUUGGAAACAAGUGCUGCCGAAGAGACGGAGUCCUCGACAGACACAAUUUCAAACCCAGCGGAGGAGACAAGCUUUAGUGACGCCAUCACUUCAACAGCCCAGCACACACCGUUUCCAGCGACAUCAACAGUUGCUACAUCUUCUACCGUACCGUCUAACCUAGCAGUGAUCGGGACUUUCAAGUUCUUCGGUUGCUUAGGAUCUGCAGCUGGUUAUCCCAGCUUUGGCUUGAUCGGAGAGGGACCUGAUAUGACCACUGCAGAGUGUGCCAGGUUAGGAAGAGGACGUGCUUAUAUAGGCAUCUACCAGAGAUCCUGUUAUGCAGCAGAUACUUUGGACUCUGCUGAAAUUGUGACCAACGGUCGCUGUGAUCUGCCAUGCCCUGGGGACCCGGGCCUGUUCUGUGGCGGUGUGAUUUUGACCGACUCAAGCCUGGACUCGCGCCUUCGACGUCGAGAUGCCCCUCCUGGCAUUUUGCUCACUUUGUAUGCGCAGAUUGAAGCCACAUCCAGCUCUUUGACCACUUCGGACGCUCCUAGCACAGCAGAGAUACCUUCUCUCACAGUCUCUACAAGGAUCACUCUUCAACCUAUCUUGACCUCUGAGUCUUCCAGCUUCCCUACCGACAACCCGACAAUUUCGAAUUCUCCAUCCUCAAGCACAGAAACAUUUGUUGAUUCGGUCAUCAGCCUUGAGCCUUCAGUUCCUGUCACUAGAUCAGAAGGCGCAAAGCCGAUCACGCCCCCAUUCCCGACAACUGUCUCUUAUAAUGCAGGCAACUUCACCAGAACCGAAGCUGUGGCACCAAUAAUCACCACUGUAACAUACACCAUUGUUGACCCUAAUGACCCGUCUUACUUGACUAUCACUGAGUAUUGUACCACGUUGCGACCGCCCCCUUGCCACAGAUGUCAGUAUCAGAAACCGCCAACGGUUGAGAUGACGACUAUCGAGGUGGGUUGCAAUAGGUGUGGUCACAAUGGAGAGAACACCAUUACUCUUAACAUUCCAGCUGGUGCAGUUGUCGCAGCUCCCACAAGAGAAUAUGCGGCUCACGAAACCCACAGCGUUCAACAUUACGAGCCUAAGCCGGAUACUCAGGGGACUCGGCCCAAGAACUCUUCCCCUGCAGCCAAGGGUAGCCAUGGUCAAGCGGAACCUUCUGCAGUGCCUUUGGGAGGAAACGGUUAUCCUGAUGCACCCAAGCCAACGUUUCACCGCAGGCCAGCUCCAGCUCAUACACCAGUGAUUGUGCCAGAUGCUCCUAUUGUCAUUGUCUCAGGGGCCGUAGUAAAGGCGAUCCAAGGAAUGCUGAUGACAAUUCUCUUGAUGGUUGGUCUUGCUUUUCUCCUGUAGAGAUUUCACUGAGUCAUCGACCCUCGGUUGAUUUCUCCUUUUCUUCCUCCUCCUUUCAUAUUCACGCAUCUUUUCAAGAG